AUGAGUGAUAACGAGAUCAGGGCUCCUAUUCCACUGAAGAAUAGGACAUUGUCGCAAUUAAAAUUGCAGGACAUGAAGAAUACCAGAUCUAGUUCUAGUAUGGCAGGUGAUGGGACCAAGAGGCCAAGGUUGCACUCUCCAGAGGGCAACCAACAAUGGAGACCAAGAUCCGCCACGCCCAAUAUGAAUUCUCCCAGAUUAUUGAAUGGAAUGGACAGCAAGCAGAUUUUCAAUGACAUGUUAAAGUAUUACGGAUUAGAUUACGUUGAUGACAGGGAUGAGCAUUUAAAUCAAAUUCAUGAUCCGAAGUCGAAAUGGUUUAGCCGAGCCGUCAGGCAACAAUAUAUGAUUGAAGAUACUUUACCCUACAAGACUGAAUCACAUAAAGACCAAGCCAAGUACUUAUGUCAUGUUUUGAUCAAUCUUUAUAUCGCAAUUAGGUCUCUUGACAUCCAAGGGUUGAUUUCAAUUUCUAGUAAAGAUUUGGCAGAUUUGAAAGGUGAAGUGGAUAAUUUGGCAUUAAACACAGAUUUGUUUCGGUUGACCACCGAUGCUAUAGAUGCAGAAGUUUUAAACAACGAUAUUGCAGAUUUUGAUGAAGAUGAAGACGAGGAUGAUAUGUUUGAUGACAAUGAAUAUAUUGAUCUUGUAGGGCCGGAUUUUAAUGCAACUGGAAAGAUCACUGCAAAAUCGGCAUCAAUAAUCAAUGUUAACCAUUGGACCAACGAAUUUAAGAAUUGCAUGCAUUUUGAUUUCCCCCUUUCGCUGAGGAAGUCAUUGGCAGUUGUCUAUUACUAUUUAUCCCUGGUACAAGGUCAAAAAGUCUAUAGACAGAUGCAUGUUGAAAUGUUCGAAUUACUGGUCGCAACUGAUGAUGAUGGUACGAACUUUACAGAUUUACUCUACGAAUCAGGUCUUCGAUUGGACCAUAAAAUUAUGCUUAGAUUUUUAUCAGAUUUUCUACCAUACCCAGAACCUGAUUAUGUGCGUUACGAUUUAAGCAUAAAAGAAGAUCUGCAACUAUUCAGAUUACUUUUAAAAUUGGCUAAUAAUUCCAAAGCAUUCUUCGAUGAUAAAAGUGCCACUAUUCUAAUUGACACUAUGGGGUGUUUACUUUCAAGUCUGGCUCCUUCUACCAUCUCUACGAUAAUGCCUAUGAUAACAUCAUUGGUACCUUAUCAAUAUCAUCAGGAUGGCAGGAUUACGGAUUACUUCCCCUUCUGUUUUGGAUUCUGGACCUGUAAAACGGCAGACGCAUCAGUGGACACUCACAUGUACGAUUUUAUGGGUACGGUAGCAGAAGAUGCACAUUGGAAAUUGAUUAGGGAUUCCGAAUCUAAUCCAUUGGUGGAAUACGGUGAUUACUUGUUGUUUACGGAUGAUCAGAUGUCCUUUAUGUUUAAUAGAUUACAAGUACAUUUGCGAGCAGAUGGUCAAAUUCAUUCGUAUUCGAGAACUGUGAGACCUUUGAUCUACUCUUUGAAUGGGUCUCAUAGUGAACCAUUCUUCGACAGACUAGUGAACUUGGCUAAAUCAAUAGAGACUUUUGUGCAUCCUUCCAAUACAGGAUUUUGGACUAAACCGAUCUCCAAAUUUGUACACGGGUUCAUCAAGAUGUAUCACGGGAGAGUACAGAAAGAGAAGAAACAGAGGGAACUGGGAAUUGAGCAUCCAAUCUACUUGGAUUCGAAAUGUAAUUCUAAGAUGGUAGAAGUGUUUUUAAGUCUUCUUGUAUCAGGGGCUCAAAACAAAAGUUCCGAUGUGGCCAAUUACUAUAUCUCAUGUUUGGCAUACUUGUUAGAUUUACGGCCUGAUAAUUCAAACAUUGUAUUUGACAGAAUUUUGAUUGAUGUUUACGAAGCUCUGGCAGGUGAGUACGUCAAUUCUACGCAUAGAUUGAUAGCAUCUUUAAAACAAUUCAACAGGGUGGUGAGAUUUAUGGUCAUGGAUAAACUAUAUCGAGUCCAUGUGACAAAUGUCUUGUUAAUGUUCGUUGACAAAAUUGAUAUGAAUGAUAUCAAUCUAACAAGUAAUUUGAUAAAUGGUAUCGUUUCCAUUGCGUCCUUCAUACCUUUCCAAAAUUUUGUAGGUCCUGAUGAAUAUCUGACUUUUGAAUCGCAUACCCUUCCAUUCAUCCAACAACAUUACUAUCACUUGAGGGAUUCGAACGGUCAGGAGCAAUUCAUCUAUGAUGAGGCAUUGCUUGAAACUGCAUUCAGAGCUUCUACUACCGUCUUUGAGAAUGUAUUGAGAGUUUAUAUCGAUAAAUUGUUCCAAUUGGUGGAUGUAGAUUUGGAAGAUGGAUUUGUUACUAAAGUUAAUCAAACAACGAUGAUAAUGCAAGAAUCAAUGGAUGAUGCCACUUUUGAAAUUUUUGCCCAAUUACUACAAAAACGGUUUUGGGAUAAUGAUUCCUUCAAGGAAAAGGACCCUCAGUAUGAUCUCGUAAUAAUUCCCUUGGCAGCUCUUACAAGAAGGAAUAAAGCUAUUGCUCAACCACUUUUUGAUGACUUGACUUUCCAUGUUAAAGAGCAGAUAGAAAGAGGGGCUGGUUCUGUUAGGGCAUCUUCUGAAAUUCAGCAAAGAGAUGUCAAGUUGGUUCUUUACCUAUCAGCGGUGAACGAAGUUUUAAGACAGUCCCAUAAUGCUAUUUUUGAAUUUAGUGGAAAGCUCAAGGAAUUUAUGAAGUACGUUUUUGAAAGCAUAACAAAUCCACCCUUAGAUGUUAUUACUUCUAUCAUGAUUCACAGUGCGUGUGCAAGUUUGACAAGCACCGAAUUGAUUGAUUAUAGUUUGUUUCCUGAACAAUCUAAGGUCCCCUGGUAUGAAAGGUGGGGUGGUUUACAAUUUGAUGAGCGGAAAUAUGAAAAGGAGAAUUUGAACUUUAUUUGGCAUGUACCCAACAGUGCUGAGAUAACUUUAGCCAUCGAUCUUUUAAAAAGCACAAUGAAUUAUUGCAUAACCAAUAUGGAGAAUAUGAUGGCUGAUCCCCAUAACGAUUUCACUUACAGUGACAAAAUUCAAAAGUAUAUCUUAAUUAUUACUCAUGCACUUUCAGGAUCAAGUCUCCUCUUUGAUCCAGAUUUCAACAAGAAUAACUCACAGCAAGUAACUGAUUCGCAAUCUUAUAAAGAGAAGCUUGUACUGUUGAAGAAUAUCAGAGAAAAUAACUUUGAUAACCAAGAAAUGGACAUUGAUAUUGAACAAAUUCGUUCUGAAAAGGGUGGUGGGGAAUACAUUGAUGAUAAGGACGCUUCCGAUUUGCAAGCCUCUGAGAAUGAGGGAGUGAUAGAAAUGAAAGAAACUACUGGUGAGGAUUUUCUUAUUGAGGAUGAAGCAGAAAUGUCUGAGAUACCUUCAGGUAUUGCUACUCCUGAACCAGGUGCUCAUCUCAGUGGAGACUUUAAUUCCUUUAUGAAUUCACGUUUGGCAUUUAGAGAUUUGGAUAUUUACACUUGCAACUAUUUCUUUGGAAAUACGGUAAUGGAGAAGGUUAAGCAUCCUCAAUACGUGGAAGUUCACUGUUUAAGGGCUAACAUUGGAAGAUUUUUCCAUAAACUAUACAAAUUUCUCAUGGAACACUUCGAAAAUAAUACUAGCAUGUUCCAAAUUCUUUUGCAUGGUAUGAAAGUUUGGUUCACUGAUGUGGGCCAAGAAACUGUUUUCAUCGAGGACCCGUGUGCAUUUUUCGACCUCGAUUUCAUGGAGAAUAUUCAGAUUUUGGCCAAUUCUGGGGAACCUUUCACGAGAACUUGUUUAGCUGUCAGGUCUAACGAUAUACACCAGAUGAGGGUGUUAUUGCAUUCGACAAACAGAUAUCCUUCUAAAUUGGAGGCCCAGCUGUUGAGGAAUAUCAUAAGUCUAGCAUCUUCUUUAUACCCCGACAUUCACAAACCUGCUCAAGGUACUUUGGUUCAUUGUAUGAAACAGCUAAUUGGGUCUUACUCCAUUAUUAUUAAGAAGUCAAUUACUGCACUAAAAGAAGUAAUGGAAACUCAUGAUUAUAUGAAGAUGCAAAUUAUCUUAAAGUUGUUGAUGAUUAAAAAGAUUCACCGCAAAUUAAUGUCUGAUUACAAUAAUAUUACGGAACUCACGAUGAUUUUGAUCGAAUGUUGUAAAGUUAACGAAUUAGAAAUUUCCAUGUAUGCAGACAAGAUUUUGAGUGAUAUUGUCGCAGGCAUGAAGAUUCCGUCAAGUACCUGUGUACUCGACGAGAGAGCAUACGCACCAUUGGCACCACCUGACAAAUUCAUGGAUCUGCAAGUGGAAGCAGUUAAGAAUGCAAAGGAUAAAAAGCGUAGUCGUUACCUCUCUCUGUUAAUUGAGCUUCAGAACAAACUGGUUGGAGUCUUGGAAAGUGAGAAAACAGUCGGAUGGAAAUUACCCAUGCUUAUCAUAAGAUUUGUCGUCAAGAUCCAAUCUCACCUUGAGACUGAGGUGGAACCCAAGGCAUUGGAGACAAUUUUCAAGCAUUCUCAAACCAAUCACCCUGACAUGAUCCAUUUAGCCAUCAAAUCAUUCUUGGGAAUUUUUAACAAAAUCUUCUCAUUGUCUGACUACGACUACGAUAUUUCUAAAGCUUACAACAGUGCAUUUGAUCCUGGAUUUAUCACCGAUGUAGACACUUCCCAGGAUGGGUUUCCAGAGGAAUUCAAACAGGAGAUGAACAAUUUUGAAUCGCCUUCUUAUUUUAUCGACUCAAGAAUGUUUGUUGGUUGGCUCUGUUGGGGUAGAUCCAUGAAAGUCGUUAAGGCGGAACCUAUUGAGGUGAAUUUUAGACAAAAUGAAAUUGAAGCCUUCCAAAGAUUUGGUAAUGUGGUAAAUUACGAGUGGAUACAAAACAUUGUUGACAAUUUGAUUCAGGAUAACGAAACCCAUGGUGUUUUUAGUAGUGGUAACGUCUCAUUUUUUGUCCUCUUAAUUUUUUUAAUAUCUCACAACUUCACCAAAUUGAAGCUUGAGGACUUAUUUAGCCUUUGUGAAAGCCGCUAUGAUAGAAACGAUAAGGCUUCAAUGAUUAUGUCUACAGAGAUAUUUGCCGCAUUGAUAUGUGGGAGCAAAUUCAUGUAUCCUGAGAGCUUGCAACUCAGAGACGCAUUUGUUGCUAAAUUUUUACCCUCCUGCAUUGAUAGUGAGUUAAAUCAAGAUGCCUUUGGUAUAUGGGCUACUUUAUGCUGGUGGCUCCCUACGGUGGUUGAUCUGAGAAGGUGUAAACCAUUUUACCAAAAUUUCUCGUCUAUUCAAAACCUUUUGGACAAGAAAUCUGAUGAUCCGGCUCAUCAGGCAUCUAAAUUGCUCAUGUUGAGAAGUGUGUUAUUGAGUAUGGAGUACAGCUCUCCCGAUUUAUUAGUAGUUUUGAACAGUUUGGUCACCGAUCAUCCAUACGAUCAGGUACGUGAAGCUGUAGCUAAAGUUCUUGCCACAUUGAUGCAAAGCAGCUGUUGUGCAUCUUUGCCAAGUGUUAAGGAACUAAUGCAUAAGGAAUCUAAUUGUGGUGGUGGAUUGGGUUCACCUGUCAUGGUCACUUCAAAGACCGUUGAUGAGUUUGUUAAGAGACAGUUUCAAGACAUUGUAAAAGAAUCUGCUAACAUCACAGGUUUGGCUCCUCAACAAAUACUCAAAACACGUUACUAUUAUUUGACCUCCACCAUGGUUUACUGGGUCAAAGAAAUGAUCAAGGGGACUAACAGGGUUUUAUUAGUACCAUACAUCGUGGAUUAUGUAGCUCCAUUUUUGUUGGAUCUUUUAACUCACAGAGACGUUUGCAAAUUGGCGGGCUUAGAUCCAACUAUACUCUAUGUGACAUUAUCUUACAUGCCACUAAGGAAAGAAGCUCUGGGAGAAGUGAUUCAGCUGAUGUGUCAUGAUGAAAAUACCCUUUCGUCAUAUCAAAUUAGAGUGAAAUUGGGGUUCGUACAACACUUCUUCUCUUCGCAGUUGCUACAACUAGCACCUGAACAGAGAGAUUCUAUCCUAAGUUUCGUAGUGAGUCACCUAUACAACGAGAGGUACGUGGAAGUAAGAAUGAGAGCCUCUGAUGUCCUAUCAGAUAUUGUGCACAAUUUAGGUGAAGAUGAUGAGAGGCUCAAGAAACUAGUACAGUCGUUUUCGAGCCGUUUGGGCAAUCAUAAAUGGGAAGAAAAACAAAAGUUGUCAAAAGCCGAUGUUAAGAUUCAUGGUAGUAUUCUCGGUUUGGGGGCCGUCAUACAGGCAUUCCCAUAUGUGUUCCCUCUACCACGCUGGAUUCCUUCACAGUUGAGCAAUCUAGCGUCAUGGUCAAGAACUAGCGGUGUAGCAGGUACAGCUGCUAAAUCCUAUAUUAGUGAGUUCAAGAAAGUAAGAACCGAUACGUGGAAAUUUGACCGCCUUUCUUUCACCCAGGAUGAACUUGAAGACCUGGAAGGUGUUUUAUGGAGCUCAUAUUACGCAUGA